AUGUCUGGAGAAGUGCAGCAUCUGUUGCAAUUCCUCAAGCUUGUUACGGGCUUAUCUGGGUAUUUGGUCUUGUUUGCGUCACGGGCAGAAAGGUUGCGCAAGGUCCGUGAAGCUAAUGGAGUGGCAGUGAUAAACCCGCUGACAGAAGGAGAUCGUGGAGACGCCUUGAUCAACCGCAAACUGCCGAAAGAAUUGCUCUUGAGGAUCUUCUCGCACCUCGACGUGGUGACGCUAUGCCGUUGCGCACGAGUGUGCAAGUACUGGAACGUACUGGCCCUGGACGGAUCCAACUGGCAAAAGAUCGAUUUGUUCGAGUUCCAGACCGUCAUGGUGGGAGUGGUUGUGGAGAGCAUAGCGCGGCGAUGCGGCGGGUUUCUCAAGCAGCUCAAGCUCACCGGGUGUCGCCGGGUCCAGGACCCCGCCGUGCAAACCAUCGCCCAAAACUGUCCCAACAUCGAGGAGCUGGACUUGAACAUGUGCAAAGAAAUCACUGACGCAACUUGUGCGGCGUUGGGCCAGUUAUGUCCGAAGUUGAAAAAGGUGGACUUGGGCUCUUGCGAAUUGCUCACCGACCUGGGACUCAAGUUCCUGGCUGAAGGCUGCCAGCAGCUCAAGUACAUCAAUAUUUCUUGGUGCGAUCGCAUCGGGGAAAUGGGGAUCGAGGUUUUGUCGAAGCGGUGUCCUAAACUGACGAGUUUUUCCGCCAGCGGACUGACGCUUUUGCCUGACAGCGCUAUUUGUUAUCUGGCACGAUAUUGUCCUCUAUUGGCGGUCAUCAUUAUCCGUGGAUGCAUUUACGUGCACUCAUGUCUUGCCGAAACGUAUGACAUGUCAUUUACGUCGGAUAAAAGGGGUAUUGGGUAUGAAGUUUCAGUCGUUACAAAAUCUUCGUGCUGCAGAACUUGUGCGGCGUUGGGCCAGUUAUGUCCGAAGUUGAAAAAGGUGGACUUGGGCUCUUGCGAAUUGCUCACCGACCUGGGACUCAAGUUCCUGGCUGAAGGCUGCCAGCAGCUCAAGUACAUCAAUAUUUCUUGGUGCGAUCGCAUCGGGGAAAUGGGGAUCGAGCGCUAUUUGUUAUCUGGCACGAUAUUGUCCUCUAUUGGCGGUCAUCAUUAUCCGAUCGAGGUUUUGUCGAAGCGGUGUCCUAAACUGACGAGUUUUUCCGCCAGCGGACUGACGCUUUUGCCUGACAGCGCUAUUUGUUAUCUGGCACGAUAUUGUCCUCUAUUGGCGGUCAUCAUUAUCCGUGGAUGCAUUAAUGUGACGGACAGGGCUGUGCAGGCAAUUGGAAAGCAUUGCAUAAACCUACGUUACAUUUGUUUGUCGAUGUGUACGCAUUUGACGGACAACUCGCUCAUCGCGCUAGCACAGUGCCAGUACCUACAAAUUUUGGAAGUCGCCGGAUGCAAUCAUUUGACGGAUUACGGUUUCCAAGCUCUGACCAAGAAUUGUCAUUUCUUGGAUAAAUUGGACCUUGAGGAGUGUGUUUUGAUAACGGAUCAAACGUUGAGUCACUUGGCUGCCGGAUGCCCGAGGCUCGAGAGACUUAGUUUGUCGCAUUGCGAGCUCGUGACUGAUGAGGGCAUCAAGGCACUCGGACUCGCGGAUUGUUCGUCGGAACAUUUGAUUGUGUUGGAGCUUGAUAACUGUCCGCUCAUUACCGAUUCCUCGCUGGAUCACCUGUUGUCGUGCCACAAUCUGCAGCGGAUUGACUUGUACGACUGCCAACUGAUCUCCCGCGACGGCAUCAAGCGUCUGAAGAGCCAUCUUCCAAACUUGAACGUCCACGCGUACUUCGCUCCGAACCCGCCGACACCGAGCGCGGACGUGCAGCGACGUCGCCGUUGCUGCGUUGUGCUGUGA